UCCCCUCGUCCAUGGGUAUUCCAUGCCCUGGGGGUGCAGGAUCCCCUCGUCCAUGGGUAUUCCAUGCCUUGGGGGUGCAGGGACCCCCCUUUCAGGGGGACUCCGGGUGCCGAUGGGGUCGAUGGGCAGUUUGCGGGUCUUUGCUCCCACCCCGCUGACGGAUCCGAGAUUCCCGGAGGAAUUUGGAUCCCCAGGGGAUCAGGGAAGCGGCGCUUCCCGGGCUCUGCGCGCCCCCGUUCUUCUCGGGGGCGGAAUCAGCGCCGGGAGCGGGAUGGGAAGAGGAAGGGAAACUCCCGGGGGGAAACUCCCGGGAGGAAACUCCGGGAGAGCUCCGCAGGAGGGAUCGGCUCCCGCCGGAUGUUGCGGAUCCCGCAGUCCCGGGGGCCAAGGCGGCCCUCGGGCAGGAUGUUCCCCGCGCCGGGCUGCAGGAGGGGCUUCCCCAGGGAGCCUGCCCCGUGGUGGGAUGGGCCGUGGCCGUGUCCCCCUGCCGGCCCCGAGGACGCCUGGGACGGGCCACCAUGGGACGGGCCACCCCGGAAUGGGCCACCAUGGGAUGGGCCACCAUGGGACGGACCACCAUGGGACAGGCCACCCCGGAAUGGGCCACCAUGGGACGGGCCACCAUGGGAUGGGCCACCCCGGAAUGGGCCACCAUGGGACGGGCCACCCCGGAAUGGGCCACCAUGGGAUGGGCCACCCUGUGAUGGACCACCAUGGGACAGGCCACCCCGGAAUGGGCCACCCCGGGACGGGCCACCCCAGGAUGGGCCACCCCAGGACGGGCCACCCUGCGAUGGGCCACCCCCGGACGGGCCACCCCGGGACAGGCCACCCCGGAAUGGGCCACCAUGGGACCAGCCACCCCGGGAUGGGCCACCCCGGGACGAGCCACCCCUGGACGGCCCACCCCGGGACGGGCCACCCCGGGAUGGACCACCCCGGAAUGGGCCACCCCGAAAUGGGCCACCCCGGAAUGGGCCACCAUGGGACCAGCCACCCCAGGAUGGGCCACCCCGGAAUGGGCCACCCCAGGAUGGGCCACCCCGGGACGGGCCACCCUGCAAUGGGCCACCCCGGAAUGGGCCACCCUGCAAUGGGCCACCCCGGGACCAGCCACCCUGCGAUGGGCCACCCUGGGAACACCAGCACAGGAGUCGUCAGCACAGGAGGCACCCGCCCAGUCCCAGAGCCCCCAGACCCUUCCCUGGCCCCGCUGACGUCCCGUGGCAGGAGGAGGAGGAGGGCAGGAGGUGGGCACGCCACGACUGUCCCCUGCCACCCCCUUGGGAUGGCAGAGAAGCCAUGCCAGGCCCUGAGGACGGCUUUGGAGAAAUCUGGUACCAGGAUGGGCUGCCUGACCACUGGCCCGAAUUCCCCGAGGAGGAGCAGCCCCCGCCCGGGCCCCCCGCCGGCCCUCCAGGGAAUCCAGGGACUUUCCGGGAGCACCGCCCGCCCUGGAGCCAUCGCCGUGCCGGGAGACGCCCGAGCCACCUCCGGCACCUGAUGCUGGUGCCCCGGGCGUGGUGUCCCCGACCCCCGCGAGGGCACAAGCCUCGCUCCAAGCCCUCCUCCCCUGCCCACUUCAAGAGGAGCCAGCCGGCGGCCAGGAAGGAGCUGCAGCCCCCGGAGCCUCCCCAGCCCCCUGCUCCUCUCCAAGGUGCCGCGGAGAGGCCGGAACAGCCGCAGGAUGUGCCAGCGGCGACUGGGAACGGCCUGGAGCCCCCCAGUCCUGCCAGGAGCCCUCAGGAGAGCCCGGCUGCCGAUCCCGGUGCUGCGGAGCCGCCGGUGGAGCUGGAAGCUGGGCAGACCCCUGUGGGCAGCCAGGAUCAGGAUCCCCAUGCUUCAGCAACAGAUCCAGCCCCUCCAGAGGAGACCUCCAGCUGUCCUGAGAUCCAGGAGCGCCUUGAGGUAGAGCCGUGCAGCCCUGGUGUCCCCAAGGCCGGCGGCGGUCACGGGUCACCUCCCCAGAGCCCAGCAGCCCCUCCAGACCCUGCCAAGAGGGAGCUCCAGGAACCCAGCUGCUCUGGAGAGGCAGGGGCUGAGCUCAGCCCACGUUCCUGGGAGCAGCCGCCGGGUGGAGCUGGGGAAGCCGAGGCAGAAGCUGCCCAGGAUGGGCCUCUGCAGAGCCUUCAGCCACCCGAAGAGCCUCAGCUUCCUCCAGGAUCUGCAGCAGAAGCCGAGGCUCAGCCCUGCCAGGCUUCUCCUGGUGCCUGCACCACACCAGAGCCCUGCCCGGGGCCCCAGCACCCGCCUGGGGCCGGUGAGACAAAUCCGGCUGUGUCUGGCCAGCGCCAGCUCUGCUCCGUGCUCCCGACGCCGUUCCCGGCCGGCAUCGAUUCCCGCUCCGCCGCCGUCCUCAGAAGGAAGGCAAAGAUCGAGCUGUCGUACCAGCAGUUCAGCCUGAGCAUCGCCGUGGUGGCCACGAUGCUGCUGCAGAAGGAGCCCUCGAUGGAGGAGGCGCUGGGGCUGGCGCUCAGGGCCAACCUCCGCCAGUGCCGCAUGCACCACCUGCAGCAGCUGGAGGAUUUCAUCGACAGCCUCGACUCGGACACCGCCGGCCUCUGACGGCAGCCACCCCGUCCUGCCAGCUGGCUGGGGGUGAUGGGGGCUGUGACAGGGCUGUGACAGCGCUCUGGGGUGCUCAGGAGGGCGCUGAGCCUGCGGGACAGGGUGGGAGAUGUGGGCAGCCCCACUCUGUCUCUUGGAGAAGGAGGGGUGAGCAGGAUAUGUUUGGGUUUAGCCCUGCCCAAACCCCUGAGGACAGCAAAAGUGUUACUGGUUUUACUGGAGGGAGGGCAGCAGUCCCUCUCCUCCAUUCCUGAUUGCCAGGAAUGUGUCCCCAAACCCCAGCGAGUGUUUUUGGGUUUAAAUCUACAAAUAAACCGCGUCCUCUUUGCA